AAAGCAAUCGGGCUGGCUUUGGCACCGCAAACUCCCCCAUCUGCACGGUCUCCUCUGUGCUGCAUCGCCCGGCCCUGCUCUCGACGGCAGUGUGUUCUCUCGUCCGCCACCGACCUCCCCCAACAUGUCCAUGUCCGGCUCGUUAAACCGGCUGGCGUCGCUCCAGCGAUCGAUUCACCACUCGCGGAGGGCCUUCCGAUCCAUCCGAUGGCAAUCCACCUCGGCCUCGACCGCCGCGUUUACCGCUCCGUCUGGCUCGGAUGUGUCGCCGAAACCCAGCCCACUGUCUUUUGCAUCCGUAUCGUCCUUCUUUUCAACAAAAAAGCCAUCCGAUCCCCUCAACUGGAACCAGGCCGUGGCUGCAGCAGAGUCGCUUGUCCAUGCCAAGGGCGGUUCGGUCAUCAAUCCCAAGGAGCUGCUCGGCCAGGAUCUGGCCCUGAUCACCGAAAACAUCCGCAAGCUGCUCGGCUCGGGCCACCCCGUUCUCAACACCAUCAGCAACUACUAUUUCAACAAGCAGGGCAAGCACGUGCGUCCCAUCCUGGUGCUGCUGAUUGCCCAGGCAACAUCGCUUGCCCCCAAGCUGCCCAACUGGAACGCCUACGACGAGCUGACCCUCAACAGCCCCAUCUCUGAAACACCGCGGUCUUGCGAGGUGCAGUUCAUUGGCGGAUCAAUGAUCGCUCCCCAGCCGAACGACCUCAAGUCCUCGGUAGAAAUCACCCCAUCCAACCCGUCCCCGGAUCUUCCUUCGAUCUUGCCGUCCCAGCGCCGCCUGGCCGAAAUCACCGAGAUGAUCCACACCGCGUCGCUUCUGCAUGACGAUGUGAUCGACGACGCCAUGACUCGCCGCUCGCAGCCCUCUGCCAACGCCCAGCACGGUAACAAGAUGGCUAUCCUGGCCGGCGACUUUCUCCUGGCUCGUGCCUCCGUGGCCCUGGCGCGCCUGCGAAACGUUCAGGUUGUGGAGUUGCUGGCGACCGUCAUCUCAAACCUGGUGGAGGGCGAAUUUAUGCAGCUACGCAACACCAAGCUCCAGUCCGUCGAUGGCGCCGAUCGCUUGCUGUCCACGUUCGAGUAUUACAUGGAGAAAACCUAUAUGAAGACGGCCAGCCUGAUCGCCAAGAGUUGCCAGGGCUCGGCCGUGCUUGGAGGAUGCACCGUCGAGACGUCAGAGAUUGCGUAUCUCUACGGCAAGAACAUUGGACUGGCGUUCCAGGUGGUCGAUGACAUUCUGGAUUUUGUGGUUUCAGCUGACGAGCUCGGCAAGCCGGCCGGCGCCGACUUGAGCCUGGGCCUGGCCACUGCCCCUGUCCUCUACGCGGCCGAACAGUAUCCCGAACUGUGGCCCCUGAUCGAGCGAAAGUUUGAGAAGCCCGGUGAUGUGCAAAAGGCCCACGAACUGGUUCUCAAGAGCAACGGCAUCCAGCGGGCACGAACCCUGGCGGCCGAGUACUGCGACAGCGCCAUCCGCGAGAUCUCCAAGUUGCCCUCGUCACCCGCGCGCGAGGCCCUCAUCCAGAUCACCCAGUCGGUGCUGACACGGAAAAAGUAGUCGAGGCAGGCCGCGGACAGAAUGCAAUCUACCUAUCGAUGACUCUAUCAACCUCCACUCCACCCAACCCCCCCCCAUUCUUACUCCAACCCAACCCCUGUAGUGGCGAUGAAUGAGUGAAGUGUAGGCGGGAUCGCCGCGAUUCCUGGGCACUGUCAUGAACAGGAGCGUG